UCGUGUACUCUAGCGGCGGGCAGCAGGCCUAUCUUCCAGCUCGGGAAUCCCAUCCUCGGCCGGGCCAUGGCGCGCCUGCUGCUCUUCCCGUCGCAAGCGUGGGUCGAUCCCGGCCGCCUCCUCCUCCGCCCGGCGGCACCCUCUUCGGUCGCCAAGCCUUCCGCGCACUGCCAUCACGGAGGUCGCGUCUUCAUAGCUCGCGCCGCUGAGCGCGCCUCCGUGACUACUCCCGCCGGAGCUCGCCGCCUCGGGGUCCUCCCCGCUGUCCGCCGCCGUCCUCUUCCUUCCCUCUGCUGGAAGGAGGGCGCUUCUCUUGGCAUAUCACCAACGAGAGGAGUCAUUUUAGCUUCAGAAAUAGAAGAAGCUUUCUGUCUCUCUUCAGACAAGGAUAAUAGAAGCAGCAGGAAUUUGCUUCUGCAAUUCGGUGCACUUCCAUGUUGCACUAUGGUAUGGUUGAGUACUGCACAAUCAGCACAGUCCAGUGUGGGAACAAAAUUAAAUAUGGUGUAUGAGGUCGGUGAGCUGUUUGAGCUGGGAAUUCAGCUGUCGUAUCUUCUCAUACUACUUGGCCUGCUUGGAGCUGGUACAUUUUUUGUUAUUCGUCAGGUUCUCGUUCGCAGAGAGCUUGAUCUUUCUGCCAAAGAGCUGCAAGAACAAGUGAGAAGUGGUGAUGCAAGCGCUACUGAGUAUUUUGAGCUUGGAGCAGUUAUGCUACGGAGAAAAUUUUAUCCAGCCGCUAUCAAAUAUCUGCAGCAAGCAAUUGACAAAUGGGAUAGAGAUGAGCAAGAUCUUGCACAGGUGUACAAUGCCCUGGGGGUCAGUUACAAGCGAGAUAACAAACUGGACAUGGCAAUCAAGCAGUUUGAGAAGGCCGUGGAGCUCCAGCCAGGCUAUGUGACGGCUUGGAAUAACCUAGGCGACGCGUAUGAGCUGAAGAAAGACCUGAAGUCGGCCCUCAAGGCCUUUGAGGAGGUCCUCCUCUUUGAUCCCAACAACAAGGUUGCAAGGCCGCGCGUGGAUGACCUCCGGCAACGCGCCAACAUGUACAAGGGCGUGCCCAUAAAAUCUGAAAAGCGAUAGCUAUAUCCCAUGGCAGAAUAGCACUUGUUCAAUUUUUGAACGGUAGCAUUUGUAAACAUGAUGAGGAGUUGUAGUAGCAUUGGAAUGGCCCCUGAAAAUAGGCGGAUGUAAUAUGUUUCUCUUGCUGGACCAAAAGAUGCAGAAUGUAGUGUUCUUUUCAGUAUCUCGGGCAGUUGGGCCGGCGUAUUCCAUAUUGUUUAUGUAUUUAAUAAUAUUCAUACCUAUAUUUUGAGCCAAUUCUGCAAAGCUA